CUACAGCCGGGUGACCGGGGGAAGGAACUGAGCAGCGCACUUCCGGUCCCGGAGCAGGCACCUGGAGUGUGAGGCAAUGGCGGAGAGCGAGGGAAAAGCAAGUGAUGGAAUGAAUGGAGAAACAGGGAGCUAUGUAUUGGGCCAGGUGGCCAACAGUCUGUUCCAAAUGCAGGCAGAACAGUGCAAGUUAACUCCAUUAGCAACUCUCUUCACCAUCCCACCCUCUGCUACUCAGCCUAUCUUCACUCCUGUUCCAGAGAACAAGGUCACCUGCAAGAAGAAGGAGCUUGUGGAAGACGAGUCUGAUGUCACAAAUAAGGCCAAGCAACAGAAGCUGGACAAAAGGAAGCCUGUCUGUGACAAACGGCUCACAGCAGCUGAAAGGAAACUAGCCCAACGGGAGGAUGCCUUGAGAGCAGCAGAUGAUGAAGAUGAAGCAAAACGACGCAGAAAACCUAAAUGGAGCAAGAAGGCAGUGCAAUUGCCAGUUGCUCCAGUGAUGCCAAAAGGAAACACUAUCGACCCUGACGUGAUGAAAAGCACAGCCAACCCUGCACUGGAGAGAAUAAAGAAAAAGAGAACCCUGUUUGUUGGCAACCUUCCAUCAAAGUGGAGUAAGCAGAUGAUCACAGCGAUGUUUAAAGAGUUUGGGCCUAUUGAGUCUGUACGAUUCCGUUCGGUGGCACGUGCGGAGCCCAACAUCUCCAGGAGAUUAGCCACAAUCCGGAGGAAGAUUCAUCCCAAGAGAAACAAUUUGAAUGCCUACGUCGUAUUUGAGCAGGUUAAUGAUGCGGUUAGAGCCUUGACGAGGAAUGGAUGUGAAAUACAAAGUGGCUUUCAUAUCCGGGUGGACCUAGCCAGCAGGUCAAACUUUCAUGACCAACGAAAAUCCAUCUUUUUGGGCAACUUGUCAUACGAGAUUGGAGAGGACGAAGUACGAGAUCAUUUUUCCGAAUGUGGUGAAAUCGAGUCGGUGCGGAUUGUGAGAGACCGGGUAUCAGGAAUGGGGAAAGGCUUUGGAUAUGUCCUCUUUCAGAGCAUGGAUGCUGUAACCCUGGCCCUGCAGCUUAAUAACUCUGAGCUAAAGGGACGCAAGGUGAGAGUCAGCCGCUCGGUGGAGAAGGACACAGCCAACAAGGCCCGAAUGAGGAGUCCCUCGGACACAGUCGCCAAGGCCCAACCAGGGAAGAAACCACCGCAAGCCAAGGACUUUGCUGGGGUCAUGGCAAAGCCAGCGGAGAAGAAGAAAACCAAGAAAAAGAAAGGACAGAAGAGUAAACAGAACCGUGGAAAAGCCAGCAAGCCUUCAAGCAAGCCGGGAAAUACCACAUUCUCUCCGAUCUCCACCAAAAGCCCUCAUUCUCUCUCUGGAGGUACUGGCUCACCAGUAACGCAGACUGGAGAUUUCAAACUGAAGCUGGAGUUAAUUGAAAACCCAAGACCUGGCAGACAGCCUUUCCCUGAGACUGAUCCCCUCCCCAACUGACCUACAGGUCCUCCUUCCUCUUUAUCUAAUGGUUUGGAGAGAGCUAUGGCUGUUUAAAGUUUAUUGCGUGUGAAGUGUUCUCUGAAGUGGACCAGCACCCAUCUGUUUUCAGAGGCAGACCUGUUUGGUUCCGUUGGAUGGUGCAGCUCGGCUCAACUUAAACAAUUAAAACAAUUUUACAGA